GUACCAAUUAUUAACUUGUGUUAAACAGCUGAAGACUUGUUUGUGAGUUGUUCGCUAAUAUCUUUAAAUUUUGCAAAUUUAACUGUUUAAAUAAAUAACAUGGCACCACUCGGGGUUUUGGAAUAUUAUGCAAAUAAAUCUAUAUUUAUUACGGGAGGCAGUGGUUUUAUAGGCAAAGUCUUGAUUGAGAAAUUACUAAGAUGCUGUCCAGAUAUUAAAGCAAUAUAUGUAUUGAUGAGGAAAAAGAAGGGGCAGGCCCCCCAAGAGCGACUAGAUGAGAUAAUUAGCAGAAGAUGUUUUGAGAAAAUCAAGGACAUUAGUAUGUUCUCGAAGAUCUGCGUGAUACCUGGCGAUAUUUUCGAAGAAGGUCUUGCAAUAUCUGCUGAGGAUAGAACUAUGUUGCAGAAAGAGGUCCAAAUUGUGUUCCAUAGUGCUGCUUCAGUCAGAUUCGAUUUGGGCCUUCGAGAGGAAAUAACUACAAAUGUAAUUGGAACCAAGCGUGUUUUAGAAUUAGCAGAAGGAAUGGAAAAUCUUGAAGUUUUCGUAAACAUAUCAACGUCCUUCUGUCACGAUGAGUUAGAAUCCCUGGAAGAAAAGGUGUACCCUUCGAUUCACAAGCCACAGGACAUCAUCGACUGUGUCAGAUGGAUGAGCGAUGACAUGUUAAUGAAAAUACAGCCUGAGUUGAUUAAGCCAUACGCCAACACAUACGGAUAUUCUAAAAAUCUUGCUGAGGAUUUAGUGGCACAAUAUGCUGGAAAGUUCAUAAUUGCUAUUGCGAGACCCUCAAUUGUUAUGCCAACAUAUAAGGAGCCUUUACCGGGAUGGGUGGAUAACAAAAAUGGUCCUACAGGAGCUUUGUACGCUGCGGCUAGAGGUGUUACGCACACCUCGUAUUGCAAGAAUACCCAAAUGGAUGUAAUACCACUGGAUACGGUGGUCAACGGCUGUAUACUUCUAGCUUAUACCACUGGACUUGAACAACCAAAGGAUAUAAGAGUCUGCAAUAUUACGGAUUCCAGCGCGAAUAAAAUGACUUGGCAUGGAGCAAUCAGAAAAAUGACAGAAUUAAUAGUCAAAUACCCGCUUUCCCGCUGCCUGUACUACCCUGCGGGAUCAACCAAGGAAUAUCGCUUUCAGCACAAGAUAGCGGAGUUCUUUUUUCACAUCGUGCCGGCGUACUUAAUCGAUUUACUAUUAUUUUUGUUCGGGCAGGAGACAUUCAUGAUAUCGACAGAGAAGCGCCUCCGUAAAGGGUCCCAACUAUUAGAAUACUACACUUCCAGGACCUGGGUAUUCAAGAAUGACUAUUUCGAAUCAUUGAGAAAUCAAAUAACUGAAAAAGAAAAUGAGAUCUUCUAUACGGAUAUGUCGAAACUUGAUCACGACGACUUCCUGGAAAAGUUUCAUCUCGGUGUACGAGAGUUCAUUGCCAAGGAGGAUUUGUCAACGUUGCCGCAAGCCAGGCGUCUCUUGACACGAUUAUAUUAUCUGCAUAUGACACUGAAAACGCUAUUUUACGUUUUGCUAGCAUACUUCACUUACUGUAUAUUUGUAAAAUAUGUUUCUUAGAAGAAUCAAUUAAAUAAAUAUUAAA